AUGGACGCCUCCUCAGCGCCACUCGCCGACUACUUCUGGAUUGCCGGCAUAGAAGACAUAGCCUACCAUGACAAUGACCCCGAUCCACGGCCUCUGAGCUCUCUCCAGCUCAACGACACUAUCAGGGAGGAUGCCGAGCACGAGACUCCCGACAAUCCUACUCAGACCCCUACCAAGGAGUCUGCCCGCCAUUCUCGCCGGAGUUCUAUAAACCGAAUUUCCAGGAUUCCCUCCAACGAAAACAACCGAUUUUCCAUACAGACAUUGGGCGAAGAAAAUGAGGGCACCAGGAGUAAUAGAAGCAGCGCCACGAUACGGGCAGUCCCACCUAUCAAUGGCGGCAGUGGUGCGGAUGAAAGCCCUUUUAGUCCCAUAGAAUCGACCCCUGGCGAGGGGUCGUCCACGACCAAUGGUGGUGGACAGGGCAUGGGUUUCACCGGUCUGCCAGAUUUCGACUUUGACAAGGCCCUUAUGAAGUUCGCCGCAGAGCGAGAGAUCUUUUUGGACGACCUAAGUUUCACUGCCGGAGCCAAGCUGCAGGCGCGGCCCCCCAUGGUGAACAAUCCGCGGGCAGAGAGAAUCAAGGCCGAAGAGGGCGAGCUCAGUGGGAGAGUCAGCCCCUUAAAGAGCAUCAAGGGAAGCAUACGACGCAAAAUUAGUUUUAGGGACAUGAACAGCGUCAAGAGGCAGACCGCUCCUCCUCGAGCACGGCCAGCCUCUGUUCGGACCACGAAACGGUUGAGCAAUUACAAUUCAGUCAUUCCGCCUCCAGAACCUCUUAAUAUGGACCCUGACAUGCACCCCCUCAAGAGACGCUUCGAGCCCAAAUUAUUGGACAGGUAUCCCAAGGGCGCACCGGACGAGAAGACUCGGAGAGGCAAAUUCCCGGAUUAUGUACCUAUGUUCGCCUUCCCUAACGAUAUUCAAGUCGUAUCAUCCGACGAGCGCCCGCGAGCCACGUGGCACGGCUUCACGAUGACAUCGGACGACAACUCCAAGCUCUACGGAAUUACCGUGAUAGUGUGGACUGCGUUGAGCUCCGACGUUGCUGAGCAGGUCGAGAAGAAGUGCGAAUCGUGGAGGCAGAAACAUAUGUCGGAUGAGGAGAGAGAACUCGCCGCUAGCCUGGGAGCCCGCCUUGCCGCCGAGCGUGCGCAUCUUUCCCAGCUUCUCGCGAAACUUCCCACAAUCCCCUCUGGUUCUCCCGCUAGGGACGCCCUUGACGAUCAGAUCAGCACCGUGGAGGAGAAGAUCAGUCUCAUGACGGAGAUGUUAAGACCACUCAGGCAUGGAGCCGCUUCCAAGAUUGACGGUCUCACGGCAGGUGACACCGGACUAUGGACACCACGGGCUUACGGCAUUUUGGGCCGGGAUGUGACCAAGAUAACAUUUUGGAAGGAUUGGCUCCGGUCUAUCAUUGUGCCCAUGACCGACGGUGCGGUAUUGAGGGUCCCGCCGAGCUCACCCAAGGUUGGGCGUUGGCAGCCGCUCGAACAUUACGUCGUCAACCUCUGCAUCGAAGCUGUCAGCCCCAUCAGCUCCAAGACCCAAGUAGAGCUCGGUGUCAGAGAGCUUCGCCUUUACUGUCGCAAGGAGGCAGUCAACGAGCUACCGGGCUCGCGAAACAUCGACAUUUACGCGCUUUUCAGGUGCCUGUCCCUUGAGAAUAUUGUGGCAUUGUUCGAGUACGCCAUGUCCGAGUCGCGGAUCAUUUUUAUCUCAUCUUACACAGCGAUGCUGCACCUCGCAUGCCACGCCCUUGUCAACUUGCUGUAUCCCCUGAAAUGGGCUAGCGUUUUCAUUCCGGUGUUACCUGCAAGACUUCUCUCCGCGCUCGAUGCCCCAUGUCCAUACAUCGUUGGCAUCGAGAGGCGGUACGAUAACAUCGAGCUCCCGGAAGACGACUACGUUCUUGUGGAUUUGGACAGAGACACCAUCGACGCCACGUCGCAGCCCCAUCGUCUACCCCGGCAGCAUCGCAGAAAGCUCUUCUCCUUGCUGCAAAUUGCCGCGCCACACAAGUUGCGAUUUGGAGUUACUACUGGCGCCCCCCCUUACGCCAUUGAGGCUUUCCCCUAUGAUGCUUAUUCAGCAGAGAAUGACGGCGUUUUCAAUACCAGUCCUGCCCCUGCAACAAUAGGAAAAUGGGUGUCACAGAACUCAUCUACCUUCGGGGAGCCAGAUCAGCCGAACACCAUCCGGAAACCAAUCUUCAAUGCUUUCUGUCAUGCCAAGCCUGGUUCUUCAAGAUCCGACAGGCCGACGACAGCGCGAUCCGGAAAGACAAGUCCCAACUCUUCGGUCUCGCCGGUGUCGAUGACAUUCCCGCCGAUGCCGACCACGCCAACCUCACGGACUGAUUCAGGAUUCGCGGCGUCCGGUACUCUGAGGGAGAAGCGUUCUGGCCAUUUUGACACCAAAUCGCGACGUAGUUCGUCCUUUGGUAUGGAACAGCACCCUCCACUCCACAGACCCAGCAUUCCGGCUCUUAAUGGUCACUCUCAAAAUCUCUCUGUCUCAUCCACCUCUGGGGAUUCUCAGUCAUCAUACCACACUGGCUACGCGCCAUCCUCAUACGCACAAUCGACAAUCGCGGCCUCGACUGUCAUGCCCAACAUGCUUGUUCAACCUGUCGAGAACACGGAUACGACAGUAUGGGUUGAAGGCCACUGCAUGGAAUGGAAUGUUGCAGAGCGUGAUUCAGUCUGCGACAUUUGUGACGAACGGUCCGAAGGUGAUGGAUUGUUCAAAUGCAAGGGCUGUGGCAGUCUCUCUCACAAUCGCUGUCUGGGUUUCGUCUGUCUUGUCUGCCCUGUCGCCUUCCAUGCCGACCGUGUCCGCGCCGCCUUUGUUCGCUGCCUUGCUAGCUUGCUGUAUACCUAUAGGAAGUACAUGAGUCGGCCGAACAAGCAGCAAAAGGAAGCUGGCCAGCUAUAUGCCUUUGAUAUGAGUGGUUUCAUUAGGAGCUUGCCGUAUGACCAACAGGAGUAUGCAACAAUGAUGAAAGAUACGCAAGCUUUCAAUGAAUUCAUCCACGAGCGAGAGCGGCAACCCGCGAGCCAUCCUGACAACCGACUCUUUGAUGAGAUCCUGGUUGCCAAAAAGGCUCGCGGUCGACCGAUGCUCUCGGCCGGCAUAUCGCGACUGUCAACUCUCAGAGCGAGCCACGGUGUCUCUGGUGGCUUAGCGCCCUCGAGGCAACCCAAACUUACGGGAUUCAUGGCCGACACAACAGACCACAUAUGGAGAACAGCAGCUGUCCCUGUUCCCAACUCGAAAUUCCAAGGCGACUAUCGGUCAAUCAUCACGAGGAUUCCCGACAAGCUUGACCCGGCUCUACUCAAGGAGCCGCGGUCCAUCGCUGGUGCGCCGAAGCCUGAGCCGCGGGGCAAGGGGUUUUUAAGGAAAGCAAUCGGGAGUAGCAACAAGGCCUGA